GGACUUUAGGGUAAAACCGCCCAGUUCACAACGUUCCUCCAACACUCGAGGAAUUUAGCUGACUUGCUUAACCUCGCUUCUGAUACUCGGGAUCUGAGUUGUGACGAUGUUUUGUUCGAGUAAACAUGUUUGGGCAACAUAAGAGUGUUUUCUUUUCGUGAGUGAGCCACGCGUUUUCGAAAUAUUUCUUAAUGGAAUCUAAAUAUAUUGGCUUUCUUCUGAAUAACAUGGAAGAAGUCAAAAGUGACCGCUUUUUAUAUCGAUGAUAUUUAGAAUAAUUUUAAAAAAAUUGCACGAAAAACAGUCAUGUGGACAAAAAUUAAACGUCGUGUGUUUCCUUGGGUGCUACUGGUUCUACACGUUACUCAUUUGGGUUUUUGCUCUGAAGAUGAAGAACGACUGGUUCGUGAUCUUUUCAGAGGGUACAACAAACUGAUACGCCCCGUUCAGAAUAUGACUGAGAAAUUGGACGUUAGAUUUGGUUUGGCUUUCGUUCAACUUAUCAAUGUUAACGAGAAAAAUCAAAUUUUAAAAUCAAACGUCUGGCUUCGAUUGGUCUGGAAUGACUACCAGUUGCAAUGGGAUGAAGCGGAUUAUGGAGGAAUCGCGGUUCUUCGGUUACCGCCAGACAAAGUUUGGAAACCCGACAUAGUUUUAUUUAAUAAUGCUGAUGGAAAUUACGAGGUCAGAUAUAAAUCAAAUGUACUCAUAUACCCUAAUGGCGAAGUCUUAUGGGUACCACCUGCAAUUUAUCAGAGUUCAUGUACAAUAGAUGUAACAUAUUUUCCGUUCGAUCAACAAAAGUGUAUAAUGAAAUUCGGUUCCUGGACUUUUAAUGGUGACCAAGUGUCGUUAGCGCUUUAUAACAAUAAGGAGUUCGUGGAUUUAUCCGAUUAUUGGAAAUCGGGUACCUGGGAUAUUAUUGAAGUGCCCGCCUACCUCAACAUAUAUGAAGGAGACCAUCCGACGGAAACUGAUAUUACAUUUUAUAUCAUCAUACGAAGAAAGACUUUGUUUUACACGGUGAAUUUAAUUCUGCCCACGGUUCUCAUUUCAUUUUUAUGUGUUCUAGUGUUUUACUUGCCAGCAGAGGCAGGCGAAAAGGUUACCUUAGGAAUUAGUAUUUUACUAUCACUGGUUGUAUUUCUGUUACUGGUAUCGAAAAUCCUGCCACCUACAUCGUUGGUAUUGCCGCUCAUUGCCAAAUACCUCCUUUUUACGUUCAUCAUGAAUACUGUUAGUAUACUUGUUACUGUAGUUAUAAUAAAUUGGAACUUCAGGGGUCCUCGAACACAUAGAAUGCCUUCGUGGAUUCGGUUUGUGUUCCUAAACUAUCUACCGGCAAUGAUGUUGAUGAAGCGACCGAGAAAAACGAGAUUACGAUGGAUGAUGGAAAUGCCCGGGAUGGGGGUACCACCUCAUCCUUAUGGCGUGUCAAGUGAUAUUCCUAAACACAUCAGCUCAGUGGAAUCACAAAGCAAAGUAGAAGUGAUGGAGCUGUCCGAUUUGCACCAUCAUCCGAACUGCAAGGUGAACAGGAAAGCAAAUGCGGAAAUAAGCGUGGGUGUGGCUGCUGAAAGCUGUAGAAGAGAAAGUGAAAGUUCGGAUUCUAUUCUACUCUCACCCGAAGUCUCUAAAGCGACAGAAGCAGUAGAAUUCAUUGCAGAACAUUUGCGCAACGAAGAUUUGUAUAUACAGACACGCGAAGACUGGAAAUAUGUGGCAAUGGUAAUAGAUAGAUUGCAACUAUACAUGUUUUUUAUUGUGACUACAGCAGGAACGGUGGGUAUUUUGAUGGACGCACCCCACAUCUUCGAGUAUGUGGAUCAAGACAAAAUAAUAGAAAUAUACCGUGGAAAAUAGAAGAUAUGGAUAACUCAGAUACUUGCUCUGAUCAAGGCUCCAAAUCAUGUGGCUUCCAUAAGCGAAACUCACAACAAAGGCCUAUAGUUCGGUAAAUAGUGUACUGCGACUGGCGGCAAAUAAAUCCAAUGAUAAUAGAUUUAUAACAAAUUAAUACUGAAUAAUUUUGUUUUGAAAUAAAAAUUACUCGUAUCGAACGCGGCGCGUGUGAAUUCGAAAACAAUAUUUUGUUUAUUAAGUCGACAAUCGAUAAAUGAAACUCCGUGUGUGCAAAUGAUUAAACGAUAUCGUCUUUUGUCGCGAUCAUUCAUUUUUGUAGUCUAAUAAACUUUCUAAUAAAAUAGGACGAAUUGCAAAAGCCAUUUUAUACUUUUAUAUUAUGUCUCAGAAUAAGAGCAGUAUCAAACUUUAAUCCACACGAAUAUUGUGCUAACGAUCUGUCCGCUAAAGCACAUUCUCAGUCUCAGAAACUCGUAGCAAAAUUAGGGUAUGAAUUAUGCAGGGUGUCCCAUGUAAAAUUUUAUACCAAAGCCUCACAAGUUGUUCCUUAUUUCACUUCCUAUCACCGUUUAAUUUGUCGCUUGAGUCAAAUUAUCGGCAAUAAAACUGAAUAUUUGAGGCAAAACUUGACACUUAAUUUCAACUCGAAAAGCCUGAUUUAAUUAAAUUCUAUUUCGAUACGAAUACUGGAUUUGCAUCGACAAUUAAUUGAAACCCUUGACAUGCAAGCCAAGCGCUUCAAGAACUUCUCACCGAUAGAAUAUGAUUCAAGCAACUAAUUUUAACUAAGUUUGUACAUAUUUACAGUUCUAUGCCCGGUUCGAAACCCUUUUGCAAUUAGUUCUACCAAAACAUUUAUAUAACUUUAUCAGACUAUUAAAACAAAGUUGUUACCAAUGGUGCAAAAUAUUAUAGAAACAUUUUUUUUAUAUAUAAAUCAGUAUUCAGCUCAAUAAUUCCGGUAAACGUGUACUUCAGACACCGAGAUUUGUCAAAAUAGAAUUUUUAGGUCUAUCUUCCAUGUAAAAAGUAAGCUCUAAACAUCAAGUAGAUUACAAAAAAAUUUUGUAUAUGGGUUUUUUUCUGUUUAUUAUUUUGCUUCGUGUGCUUUUUUCAGUUAGACAAUGCUCAUAAAUCAUUCUUCGCAAUUUUGGUACAAACAAAGGUUCUUGCCAAAUCACGUACUUACUUAUAUAUUGAAUUUAUGUCGGUAAGUUCAGCUAGUGAGACCUAAUAGGUCCAAAACCGGUCCUGGAAGUGCUCGCUUCUAAAGGUGCGUCCAGACCUGACGAGCCGAGCCCGAGCCGAGGCAAAUGUACUUGUUGUUUCGUCAAAACGCUGACAUAAAUAAAUCGCCUGUCAGUAUUUUGACGAAACAUCAAAGGAACAUGACAUAAGGUGCCUUUACACUUACGCUCUUAUCGUGUGCGAUUGGAGCGCCCCGUCUAGUUGCGCACGAAAGACGCUAGUCUAAAGAAAAAUACUGGCGUAUGCGAAAGUUGCACGUGGAAACCUGCAGGCUUUGCGUAGCGGCAACAAACUGCAAACUUUUGCACACAUUUUUGUACAUCGUUCCUUUUUGUGCGGGAUUUUCCGGUGUGAUAUCAGAGUGGCCUCAAAUCUCUGGUAUUUUGCUUAGAAAUAAUUUGGUGAGACUAAAUCCAACAAAAUUUUGAAAGUUUCACAGUCCAUGCGAAGAUAAUUUUUUAAGUCGUCAGGAUAGUAUUGUCGUAAUUCAUUUAUUAAUAUCAUAUGCCCAUAUUUAUUACGAAAUUUCCUCAAUUUUUCCACCCAGAAUCCCUUUUCUUUUUUUUAUUCAUCCAUCAAAUUUAUACACACAGCUAAACACAGAGCCACUUUAAUUUUGUUGCCUAAUUUUGUACAUUUUGAGCCAAAACUGUGGUCAAUCCUCCAAGAGUUGGUGAUUAGAACGUUGCAAUUCUAGUGACACGCGAACGUAUUGUAAGUGUAAAGGCACCUAUAGCCUAGAACCUGUGCCUGUACCGAGCAUUUAUGACGAGGAAUCAGUGGAAAACUUUUUCGAACUAGUUGCAAAAAUGAGUAGCACAUUUCGAAUUUCGAAACGAAUAGCUGCUUUUAAUUUUACAAUAAAAAAUUAUUGAAAUUAAUUAGCUACAAUUUAAUCAUGCUAGUUUCUUGGUCAAACAAACAAAAACAUCAGUUUAGAUGAUUUUAAUUUAAAAAAACACACACAGGCAAUUUUACAAUUACAUAUCAACUGAUUUUUCCAUAGAAUUUUCACUUCUUUUUAGUUUGUUUGGCAACUUGGCAUCAUCCUAUAAAAAAAAUCAGUUGAUAUGUCUGACGAGUCGUUUUGCUUUUUUUAAUAUCACGUUAUUUAAAAAAUUUAAAUAUCAUUUUUAAUAUUUCAAAUUAAUUUUCGCAAAUUUUUGUCAACUCCCUAAUCAUCAUUUCCUGUGAGUCAACGCGAAAGGUAUACAGGGUAAAGGCAACUAAAAAAAUUAAAACGCCCUAUCAUGUAAAGCUGAUAAUGCUCAUUAGCGUCUACUGAUAUAUCAGCCAAAUAAACGGAGGACAUAGUACUAGAUUUAAAGCUUUACUAUUGCCGUGCACUUGUGAUUAUAGUUAAAAUUGUGCUCAUGCAAAAUAAUGUAUUUAAACCUGAUAUAAUGUAUAUAAAAUUUCUCAUCCUUGGUUUCGUUUACCUCUAGAAAGCACAAUUAAUUGUCCCAGUUUUUCAAAGGCAUUAAUCUUGAUCCUGAAUGAUUUUCCGCAUUUAUGUGCAGCCUUAAUAUACCACCACCGUAAGCUUUACAAAAUUUAGCAUUUAAUUGGUCGGGAAAAAUUAAAUAGUCCCACUUUAUUCGCUCAUUUCCUUUAAAUUUACUAGAUAGUUUGGAAAAUUGUGCAGACAAUAUUUUCAGGUUUAAAACUCGGUCUAGUCGUUGAGGAACUGUGUAUCAAUUUUGUCAAAUGAACGAGUGCAAUAUUGAAAUAAACGAAUUUGCGAUCGACAAAGUUUUCAGAUAUAUGAAAACAAUUUAGAGUUUACAUUUUUAGGAGAACUGUCUUUCAUAACGUAAUCUAUUGAUGUAUUUAAUAUAAUAUUUUAUUUUGGCAAAUAUAUGGUGUGUCGACAGUCUUGGCAAAAGGAUUAGUAAGUAAUUAGAGUUGUCAAGAUCUUGCAAGAAACCGACGAAUAUUAACACUGUCGUUUAUUAUAGAUUAGAGUAGAAUCAAUAAAUAGGCAGUGUUAUACUGUAAUAUUAUAUUUAUAUGUAUGUCAUGAAAUAAUGUACGCAUUACAUGUUGUCAAUAAAUUUACGUUUUAAAGUGUCUGCAAAAAAGUUCAAUGUUCUCAAAAAUUUCUCCAACCACAAUCGAAUUUUGACAAUAUUUCUUUGCAUGCCAUAAGCAAGACAAUUAUAUCAUCAAGGUUGUGACAUUUUUGUCAAUGUUUAUUUAAAGAUAAACAAUUAUAAUUAAAAACUUUCCUAACAAUGCACCUAGAUUAUAGAUUAUUUGAUGGCCAAAUCCACAAACCGACCUACCAUUAUUGUGCCAAGUAUAAAUCUCGUAAAACGUAAUCUUCCCUUUUAAAAGUUCCUAAAAUGUUUUCAAUUGUGACUAAUCACUAAAAUAAGAGUCAUAUAAAUAUAAUGUUAAUUUUUUUAAAUAUCUAAUCUAAUUAGACAUCUGUAUAGUGUAGAAAAUGUAUUUGUUACCAACGGUACUAACUUAUAUCGAAUUUUACACUAUUCGUACGACAUAAACACCAUAAGUAAAUCAAAAUUGCAUUAGAUUCAUCUAAAAAUUUCAGACUGUAUUAGAAAACUUUUCAUAAUUUCAUGCAACAUAUUUUAUUGAGUGCGGAAACUGCCAAAACGCGGGCUUCCAAAUCCUUCAUUUUUACAACUUUUUAGCGGACACUUUUGCUAGUGUUUUAUUACACUCAUUAUGUGCCAAUGUAUUUCCGUUGACUACUUUAUCAAUUGAUUAUCAUUUUCUUAUUUUAUAGGCUCCCGAAUAGUAAAACAAUAAUCAUCAAUAAUGUGAUUAGAUCACUUGAAAUUGACUCAAUUCACUCACACUCGCUCAUUCAGGUUGCAUUCAUUGAAAUUAUCCAUUAUACAUUAAUAAUUAUAAGUCACACCUCAUAUUGUAAUUAGGCGAUUAAUUUUUAUCAAAUAAAUGAAGUGCUUUGUACAAGAUGUUACGGAAUCUAACUAUUUGCCUAAGGAAGUGCAUGUUAAAUUUUAGGCCAUAAGUUAGAAUGUUUCAAAUAUACAUAUUUAAAGUACUUUAUGUUAACGUUAAAAAGCUAAUUGUCUUUAUUGACUAUGUUUUAGUAUAACUGCAGUUCAGUGAUUGUAAACCCAUAUUCGUAUUUAAUUAAGCUUAAAUAUUUAGGAAGCAAUAAUAAAUCGUUUUAACAUAAUUUGCAAUACCUAAAGCCCUUUACGAUUAACACCUGCAAUAUUUACUUGAUAGAGAUUAAAAUAAUUUAGUUGUUUUUUUGUAACACCACAUUAAUUAAUUCUUGGUUUCAUUUAAUUGAAAUUGUUAAAAUAGAACAUGUAAUGCCAAUUAGUGUUUAUUACAAUAAUGUGUAUAAUUUGCUUCAAAGCCUAAUUUUAGUCAACAUCUACAAUAAAUUGUAAAUUGUUAUGAAUAAGAGGAAUGCUUUGAUGGAAUUCGCAUAUUGUAUUGGCCAAAAAUGCCAAAAAAUAUUCGUUUUCUCAUCAUCUGUACAUAGUCAUUCCUUUCUCAAUACUGGUCCCUAUUUCCCGAAAUAAGUGCCAGAAAAAUUGCAAAAGCUUUAAAUAAAAAUUAAGGGAAAAUUCUGUAUCAUUCUUCGGAGUCAUAAAGUUUAUUUUGUAAUACUAAUUUUUACAGUUAGCAAGUAUUUGUCGUUUCAUAAGGCCUUAGGUACAUUGAACUAUCAAGUAAAUUGCCUAACAUCCUAGGAUAAUAGUCAAUAAAUUAUUAAAUCGAUUAGCCAUACUUUUCUUUUAAAAAUCACAAACCAAUCAAAAAAUGACCAAUUUACUUGAAAGUUGCAUUUAAAUGAAGUUUUCUGAAACAAAUUUGCUCAAUAUUUGACAGAACUUACGAACUAUGCAUACAUACGUAAAUAUGUACACUUCCGUCUUAAGCCCAGCUCCAAAGGGAUCGAAUUAUAUAAGUUUGUUUAUGCUUAUCGAGAAAAUGCUUCAGAUUUUAUAGGCGAAAAUUUCAAUUAUAGAUACAUUUGCACAUUAACUAGCACCUUUUUUGCUCAUUUAUUAAUGCUUAUGGUCUUCCAGCGUGUUCACGGUCUUUGGAAAAAUUAAUUAGGUGACUGUUGGUUAUGAGGAUUUAUUGCACAUUUUCUUUGAAAAAACAAAGCUUGUGAUGACAAGACAAGUGAUUUUGAAUAUAAAUUAGUGUUGGCAUGCAAAAUUUUUUCUUCUCAGUUUUUUGCUUGAAAGACCUCAAUUAACAUUUCAUAUGAUUAAAAAAAAAUGAUCCACUUGAAGAAAAAAGGGAAACCCCGUAUUAAUACUAAACUAACGUAUAGGAAUUAGUACCGUAUAGCACUGCCUGUCGUGUUUCAGCACAUAAUCGCUUGGAACACCACUGUUUGACUACUAUAACUUAAUGAGAAAAUACUGUUACUGUUAAUGUAAUGUAUAAUACAUUAACAAUAAAAACCAAAAAGCUAACUGUUAUUAAAAA